GUAUGUGUGAUGUGUGUUGCGAGCAUUUGAGAUACCCUAAGCAGGGAAAUCAAAGUCAAAGUGGUCAUGAGGGCAGGACUGCAAGUCGAAAUAAAUCUCGAGAUUUGUUUCGUUUUCGCUCGGAUAUCAACAAUACUAGUUUUAGAAACGGAUGUAAACACGGUCUGUCCAAUAAUAAUAACGUUUACAAAAUUGCACGGGCCACGUCAAUCCUGACUCCGCUGGAAGUAUUGUUUUGAUCUUGGCCCUUGCAUUUGUGAAUUGCCUCUGGAGCAUUUAAGAAAUUGAAAUCUAAAUGAAUGCACGCAAUAAAACGUUGGCCGGAUUAUGCAUGAUGUUUCAAAAGUCACGCUCCCGGGAAAAGAAAAUAUUCUGGAAUUUAACUGACUCGAAAAAUUGAACUUCUGGCAACUGUUGUGUGGUAGCAGUAUUUGAUAUCCUUUCAAGUGGACUGUGAUUGUUUGUACAUCCCUGCUGGUCUUUUCUAUACCAAGCCUUAAUGGGUCAAGUAAUUCGCAGGUUGCAGGAUAUUGGGAUUCGCCCACAAGAUUAUUUGGGGUUUCCCCUAGCAGACUUGGGAGGCUGGGAUGACCAACCCAGGUUUCCUGCAGCUCCCUUUGGGCACAGGGAGGAGGAGGAGGAUGAGAGGGACCCGAACAUGUCAUCUGGAUUCCCUGACUUAUCGCAGUUGCCCCCUGAACUAGGGCUGGAGGUGUUGAGACAUCUGGACGCCACGGACCUGUGCCUAGCCUCCUGUGUGUGGUCACAUCUGGCAAAUGAUGAGCUGCUGUGGCAAAGUUUGUGCCGCAGCUGUUGGGGAAGUGUGACCAUCUACAGCCGGGGCCGACCAGAAGACUUCACCUACAAGCAGCUGUUCAUGGCACUGGACGAGGCUUCUCUCACAUUCAACACCGACCCCUUCCAGGGCAUUGAAUAUCUAACAUCGAGAGGGAUUUUAGGUGAUCAGCCUAUAGAAAUUGCCCGGUUCCUUCAUACCACGAAACGAUUGUGGCCAAACAAGAAACUGGAAUUUUUACAGCGCAGGCAAGAUGUGCUUGAGCGGCUGGUUCAACUGCAGAAUUUCCAGAACCAGUUUCUUCCCAACGCUCUUCGUAAAUUUUUCAAGGAAGUCUCGGCCCCUCAGGAGCGUGGGAACACACUCACCAUCAUGCUGGAGAACUUCUCUCAACGAUUCUGUGCCUGCAACCCAGGGCUUGGUCUUAGCAAAGAUGCGGUGUUUGUCCUCUGCUUCUCCCUCAUCAUGCUGUCUGUGGACCUGUGCAGCCCGCAUGUCAAGAACAAAAUGUCCAAGCGAGAGUUCAUCAAGAACACAUGCCGCGCGGUGUCUGAACUCAGCGGGGAUUUGGCUGGCCACAUGUAUGACAACAUCUACCUGGCUGGCCAUGUAGCGCCCAAGGAUUUCUCUUGAUGACACCUUGGUGGCUCUGGGCAGCAUCAAAAUCUAUAUCAUGACGUGUUGUGUGACUUUAUAUACUUGUCCGCCAGCUGGUUAAAUGGUACUGAGCCCAGAAAGCCAAAUUCUUUUUCAGGAGAGAGAAAGAACAGUUUAAUUUUUUAAACAAUUUUAUGUACAUUAUGUACCCUUUUUUUGCUUUUCUUUUCAACAUUUAGAAUCUUGAAUUUGGACUGAAUAUUUAAAAAAAAACAUGCAACCAACCAAUACCACGGAUUCAGAGACUGCAAUAAAAGAUUUUUCCGAAUUCUGGGCUCAGUACAUCUGAACAGUUGGCCGAUUAUAUAGACCACAGUGUUAACUUAUUAUCUGAAAUAUAAAUCAAGCCUUACAGAGAUGUAAUCGUGUAUCCGAUAUUUGUAUCAAUACAGAUUAUAUUGUUUAUGAGUAUAUAGACAUUGAGUGAUGAUUUUUAUUUAUGUGAAAAGAUCAUAAGUCUGCGGUAAGACAAACUUGGGUAUGUUAUUUCAAAACUAAUUUCAUUGUAUUUUUUAAAAAAGGGCUGUGAACAUUGUUUAUUCUGAAGUCACUUUCAUGUGAACACAUGGAUGUGAAGGAUCAUGAUCUCUCUACUCUGAAGUUGGAUUCGGCCUUCUGAGGUCUACUUUUAGUAGUGACAGUUUUUUUGGCGAGUGGUGGUAAGGGAGGCUAGAUAUGAUUUCAGUUUUGGUUGUGAAUUUUAGUUAAGACUAAACUGUUUUGUUUUCGGAAUUUGUCACCCGCUGAGUCAGAGUACAUGCUGAAUUGGUGCAGUAGACAAAAGUAUUUUUGCUUAUAGUGCUAGUGAAACGCUGUGGAGAAAGCAUAGAAUACGUCCGAAGAAAUAUUCAAAAUGAGGCGUUGGCUGUGAAGGAUUCUGUCGGUGUAUUUAGAGGGAUAGAGGCUUGCUUUUGUACUAAAGUUUUGGAAUAAUUAUCUCCCACCCAGUUUUCUUGAAGACUCAUGAAAAUUUUACUGCACCUUUAGUCUUUUUUAAGCUUUUGUGUUAAAUUCAAAUAUUACUGUCAAUGAUAAAAGUAUUGAUUCAAUUUUGCAGUAUUUAUAGCCUAUAUUAGGUCAGUCUUAGAGGCAGGGUGUUGGAAUUGACUCGUAUCUGCAAAGCUGUUGUUAUAAGAUGAUUUAGGUUAUUGGUAGAUGUCAGUCUGAAUCUGUGUAUAACCCCUUGACUGCCAAUUGUAUAUGAACCCAACAUGUUAAGAAGUAUGUGAAAGUGCACAAAAUGUUACGUGCCACAAUCUUUGUCUGUUUUUUGCUUGCAUGUAAUAAGAGACAAGUAAGUACAGCUAUAUAUCGAAAGAGAUCGAAUAUUAGAGAGAGAACAGACCGACAUAAUUAUUACUGUUGAAAUUGAAAGUUGGAGAUAAAUCAAAAACGCCAUUAUCUUCUUCCUGGUCAUCGCCAUAUAAUUACGAUCACUGUUGUUAUUACUCUCUUCAAGAUAUAGAUCUAGUGGAUUGCUGAAGGAGGUCAAAUCAUUGUUGUAAACAUCUCGGGGGGGGAUGUAAGGGAUGGCUUCGUACUUUGACCUUUCUGGAGAGGAGUAAACUAUACUGCAGCAAAUGAGUUGUUCGUAAUAAAAGCUUAAUGAGUGCUACUGUCUGUCUCGCAAACUGAAUUCUGAAAAAGGUGACUUGCUUAACUUUUUUUUUAUCAGUCAUCAAGCCUGUGAUUCCUGUCUACUAGUCUUCUUACAUAUCUCAUCUCAUGGCUAAAAGUAUGGUUUCAAGGGAUGUCAUUCUGUGCUGGGUGGUUGACAGGUGCUCUGCUGUAGUUUGCUCAAACAUGUAUCUUCAUUGCUUCUCCUCUUCCUUUUCUUUGUAUGUCACUUCUCUCUGGAAGCACUUCUCAUCUUCGUCACUUAUAUGACCUAUUUGUGUUGCAAGUGCUCUAAAACUCAAACUAAGACGAAACUAAAACUUAUUCUGAGUAUUGCUGAGUAUUGAGAAGUCAUUUGUUGCUGAGAUUUCAUGGAAACAAAAGGACAGGUUUUCAAUGACAUACGAAACAUGUCCAAAGAACUCUGGGUAGCUAUAGAAACGUAAGAGUUUUGUGCAGAGCAGUCAAGGGGUUAAGGGAGUUGUGCUUGUCAUUUCUAGUAGACUCCCCGAGCAGAGCUUUUGUUUGCUGUGACUUGAUUAAAAUGGUGUGUUUAGAAUCACAGAUUUUUCAAUUCUGUACAAUGCGAGAAUAUCAAGUAUGUUUUUUUUUUCAGGUUGCUCACAUGAUCUUUAUAGGGCUCUCACUGUAUAAUGUUUUGGAAAUUGGUAUGUUGUUCUGUGACCUUUUACUGAUGAACUGAAGAUUUUAUGAUUAGUGUCAGUAUCAGAGGCCAUUCAUAUGUCUGCUUCUCUCCCAGUAUACUUAUUGGUUUGUAAAAACUUUCUAAAAAAUUGAUGGUGUCAUGAAUAAAAUUUGAGUUCUUGUCAGUUAUGUUUGCUAUUCCAUACAUAGUAAAACUACAUUUACUCUUAGGGCAGAAAGUUUUGUUUCAUGAUUAGAAAUUGGGAAAACAUAAAAAAAAAUCAGCAUUUUCAGACUUUACUCAUAACACCAUGGAUGUAUGUGAGAGAGAUAAUGAAUGGCCUUUGGUACUUUUGUUAUGUGGUGCUACACCCAGACUUGAAUCGUUCAGCUUGUUGCUUUUCUUUCUUGUUUCAGACUUGCAUGAUCUGAAUCUGAAUCUUGUGUGCCAGUUCAUGCACAACUAUUGUCGUGAUGUAAUACAUUUGCCCUUCCGUCACUGCAGACCUCUUAUAUCAAAAUAACUUUGCUUGCCAUUCAAACCAUCGUCAUCUUCAUUACUGAAAGAAUUUUAGAAAAAUGUACUUGUACACUUAACAGGUCAAGAUCAAAAGAGCACCAUUUUGUGAAUAAGUUAAGACCACAGAUUAUUUAUGCAUGUCCAUUGAUUAAUAUUACUUUUCUUGGACUUUCAACUUUUUAUUUCUUUUUGGUGAAUCCGAGAAUUGUCUAAAUAUAAUGACAAGUAAAACAGUGGCAUGGAUGCUACAUUUCUAAAAUGUUUAUUAUCAUGUUUUACAUAUUUUGAAGUUUUUGUAAUUUUUUGAGAGAAAAGAAAGUGGAAGAAACUGGAGUUUUUGUUAAGCUUCUUUAGCAGAAUAAUGGUAUGGAAUGAAAAAAGAGUCUUCUCCCUGGUUUAAAAAAAUUUGUUUUGUCUCCCAUAUUAUGCAAAGGUGAAAGGUAACAAUUUCAAGGGAUUUUUAUAUUGAGCUCAGGUUUUGAAAAGUUUCAAUUAAAGUCAAUUACAGUUUCAUGUAAGCUUUCUGUUUCGCCAUUGAUUAAAACAGUGCAUAUAUGUAACUUUAAAAAAUGCUAUAAUUUGUACAUGAAGCGCUUUAAAAAAUAUAUGUAAAGGGUGAACUGGCACAGAAAAUCAAGGAAUUAAUUGUAUUAAUAACAGACACUAAAAAUAUUGAAGUUAACUUUUUACUUGUAGUCUCAAAUAUGCAUUCCAUACUGUUUUGUUGACUUGUCAAGUUUGUAUUACUGGACUAUUUGUAUAAAUGGAUAGGCUUAAUUGUCUAUGGAAUGCCCGUUUGCAGGUUCAUUUUAUUGGUUAUAAAAAAAAUAGAAAGUUAAUUGUUUUUUUUAUGCUACUAAUUUAUCAAAAAUUUCUUUUUUCAUAAGAAACUCCUUUCAUGAUCCUGUUAGAUGCGUUUGAUCUUGGAUGUUUGUUACCUUCUCUGCCUUAGGACUCCUCUUCACUGUGCUAACCUGCAUGCUCUGUUAUCUUUGUGGGGUUUUUAAAAAUAUUUUUUUUUCUUGGAUGCGUUUUGAAGUUUUUGCAUAAUUAACACAAGAACAAGAGUUACCUUUGUUUAUUGAUUGAUAUUGUGAGUAUUUGUUUAUUCCUUAUGCAAAUAUUUUUGUCGUUGAGUAAUUUAAAUAUUUUUUAUAUUGUUCCCUGUUUAUCUAUCAUCAGUUUUGUACAUUCGAUUGAACUAAGUAUAUAAGGAAUAGCACCUUGGAGAAUCCUUUAUGUGAAGACCAUUUUCUAUGCACUCUGCACUCUUUUUCGUUUACAACAUUUAUGUUGCAUUUAGAUUUUUUUUUGGGAGGUACGGUUUUGUUAUUAAGAGCUUGUCUGAGCAAGGAGCAUGCCUCCAGAUAUGUUUUGAGUUGAGUUCUUUCUUGUCUGUCUUGUCCUCACAUAUGUUGACCAUGUACUUAAAGUGAUUUUGAAUUUUGCUCCAUGCCUCCUCUUUCAACGCUCAUUGUGAAGUUGUCAAGAAAGGAUGCAUUGUUUAUUUAAAAAAAAAAAAUCUGAGCAUCCAGAUUUUUUUGAGCUUGUGAUGUGGUUGUAAGGUUUCUAUUUUCAGUGACAAUACUUUUUGUUUUGUUUUUAGGACACAUUGUUAGUUAGCCUUUUCAAAUGUGUUGGCUGGUACAGUGUGUCUGUUUUUGACUCACUUUACGUAUCUUUUUUUGGUGGGUGCUUGGCUGGUGCUCUGGUGUUGUUUGCACUUUCUUUCUUAUCAAACGUCUAUCAUCCUUAUCUUUGGUCCUCCUUUUCUUUAUUCGUCACUGUUUAGUAACACCUAUUCUUGGGCACUUUUAUGACCUGUGUUGCAAGUUCUGUGAAACUCUUACGUUAACUAAAACUAAACUAUCUCUUUAAAAAAAAAUUAUUUGAAGUUGGUCAGCCGAUAAACUUGUUUAGAGAAAUAGCCGCUGUAUUAAGGUUUAGUGUAUGGCACAAGAACAUAGUUCAAACAUAUAGAAAAUUAUAACCAGUACUCAGUGAUGAUGGUGUACCUUAUGCAUAAGUUUUUAACUGCCUUUGAGUUGGACGUUACUAUCGAUCCAGCCUUUCUAUAGAGUGAAGUUUUAUACUUUUCUAAGAUAGAUAGCUUGUUGUGUCUUUAUAAUUUGUUUUGCGUAUGAGAGUGGUGUGUGAGAGAAACUUGUUUUGUUUACAGAGAUGAAUGGUGUCAUUGACAUUUUUGUUUGUAUGGGAAGCUUUGUUUUUCUCUCCGAUCUUUGUAAGCUCAAAAGAAAAAAAGUUACAACGAGGUGUUGAGGGCUUACUGCUUUUUGUUGUGGACAGUUGUAGUUGUGCUUUUGAAAUGUAAAUUACAAUGGUGAAUUAAUGAAUUUGUUACACAUUCAUAAUUUAUUUGCGGGGAGGGCACAACUUUUCAGAAGCAAACUUACUGAGAUGACUUUGAAAGUUGGGACUAUUGAUGAGAUGUGCACCUACAAGAAGAGUUUUAUUUGACUCUGAAAAUCAGUGUGCAUUUAUUUAUUGAGCUUUUAAAGGGCAGGUAAAAGUGAAUUUCGUUCCGCACAGUUACUCAAAUUGAUGAGCGUGAUGUUGGAACCUCCAGUUUUAUUAGCCAUAAGUGGAUAUGUUUCUGAGAGCGUGAGUUUAUGUCGGGUUUCAUUUUCUCAUGGAGGCCCCUGUCCUCGGCUUUCACGACACACACUCCAGAUGGACAGGGUAUGUUUUCAUGUCUGACCUCCCCAACGUCCCCCCCAACAAGCACGUUGGGUGGUGUUUUGACACAUCGCUACCUCAGACUAACAACGUUCUGUCUGCUCAGUACCUAGUUUUGAGAAAUUUGACGUCAAAGAUUUUGAGUUUCACAUGUCAAGCUUUUUCAAAUGCAACUUUUUAAAUAUCUCGAUGACAACUCAGAAUACUCUUACAAUUUUGAUGGACACAACAGAUCAAACAUUUAGUUUCUGAUCUGGUGGUCCCAGUAACUCAAAACAGCCAAAAAUGACGGAUAGAAGUUUGUAAUUCUGAGGUUGCUACAUUACUAUUUUUCUCAUUGUUUUCACCGCUGUGAAUUGAAUCACCGAUACCAGUUUUUAAAAAACAGAAAUUGAUGUUCUAGAUCAGUGCUUAUCAAUCUUUAUAUAACCAGCGCCCACUUUUGUCCAUGCUAAGGGGUGAACAUUUUUUUACAGCCCACCGACAUGUAUUUCCAAGCGGGACAUAAAAUAACAGCUGCCACUAGCAGGGUAAUCCUCCAGGGCCCACCAAAAUUACCAAAAUUCACCGGUGGGCAAUAUAGCCCUCCCAGGUCGACUGGCACUGUUGUAGAUCUAUUGAGCAAUUUUCAACUGCUUUCUAUAUUACUCAGAGAAUUUUUAUAGUUUUAUUAAGUUUAUAGUUUUAUUAUUGGUUUUACAGUAGGAGUAUUUGUACAGCAAUGAUGGUUGAAAAGAAAGUCUAAAAAUGUCCCUUUUUGUCGUUGUUAAUCCUGUAGUCUUUGAGGGGGUAUGCUCCGGCACAAUGCUAUAUUAAAAAAAGUGGUCUUUAACAGUUGUUUGUGGAAAGAAGUUAAGCUCAGAGUUACUGUAGUUUGAGAGAUUCAAAGGGCAGGUGCUGGACUUUUGUAGAUGUGGUCACAAAGUAGGUUAGUGGUUUUUCUGGGUUGAUGAAGCUUAGGUGAUAGUUUAGAGGUAUGUGCUGUCUUUGGAAGCUGAAUAUCCUUCUUCUCUUCUGUUGAGGGCUUUUGUGCUGUCAGUUUGGUUCAGCUCACCCAUGUAGUUGUGAAGUGGUCUGCCAACCUGGCCUCUUGCCCAUCGGUUCAUCCAUUCCUCUUUGCAGUUUUUUAAAAUGAUAAUUUUUGUUGUGAUGAGUGAUGUUGGUUUGAUUGGUUGUGCUAGGUGUGAUUCUUUUUUUGGCUUGUCUGUCUGCUUUGUCAUUGCUGUGAAUGUUUGUAUAGCUUUGUUAAUCAAAAGAAAAGUGUAGAAAUGUCCCUUAGCAUCAUCCUUCUCUGUUUCUAUUGUAUUUCCAGAUGGUAUGAAUAUUUCAGAGGGUGAAAAAUUUGGUACUGAAUCCUUUCUGGUCACUUUGUGAGUUGAACGAAUUUAGGCUGAAAAUUUUAAAUACAUGAGAAAUAAUUUUUUAAAUUAGUUUGAUCAAAAGUCAGAUGCAUAUCGUGCCCUUUGAUGGGAAAAGUGGGGGUUGUGCAGGAACGUGCAAGGGUCUUCAUCUGGACAGGGAUUUAUUUAUUAUGAUGUUUACAGAUAUCUCACUGUGUUAAACCUGAUGAUAUGUCUUGCCCUGCAUGUGUUUUGCCUUUGUUCAAUGAUGCAAGGGGCGGAAUGUUUGCUCACCUUGUUUGUAGUGCUUUUAUAAAACAUUCUACAGUCUAGCAUGCACAUAGCGAAACUCACACAUAGCGAAACACACUCAUAAUGUAGAGAUUUUCAGGCCUGUUUUUUUUUUUUAUAAACCUGUACAUAUAUAUUCGUUUUACUUAAAACAAAUACAUAGAGGGAUUUAUAUGUACCGAGUAUUUAAAAAAGAUAUCGCAUCGUGUCAAUUUCUCUAUGUGUGUGCUAGAUGGUAUUUUUAAAAGUUUGAUUGAUGAAACCAGCUGUCUGCGAGGUGAUGUUUUGUAAGAUAUUUUACAUAUCAUUUCUUCAAAAGUAAAUUACACAUUCAUAAUAACCCCCCCUCUUUCCAAGGUUUAGUAAAACUGAGCUUUUUCUAAUCAAGCAGCAAGUAUGUUAUGAUGUGUACUGUACUCGGAUGUCUUGUUAUCACUCAGAAGAGUACGAGUAGAAGUUUUGUUAUAUAUGUGUUUUGUUUCAUGUUUUGUUUGUACUGUCAAACAUUCAAACUUGAUAUUUUCUUGCUCUCUUGAAUGUCUGCAAGAGGGAAUGUUUCUUCGUGUAAGGAGAAUGAGAAUCAUAAAGAUAGGCCCAAGUUC